CAGUGCCCUGAUGAUCGGUGCCCAGCAGUGACAACCCGCAAGUUCCGCCCAGCAGUGCCCACUACCCCGUCCCCCCACCUUGCCCAGCAGUGCCCCCACCUGUGCCCAGCUAAGUGCCCCCACCUGUGCCCAGCAGUGCCCCCACCUGUGCCACUCUGCAGUGCCACCUACCUGUGCCCAGAAGUGCCACCUACAUGUGCCCAGCAGUGCCACCCACCUGUGCCCACCCACCAGUGCCACCCACCUGUGCCCACCCACCAGUGCGCAGCCUGCCCACCAGUGCCACCCACCAGUGCAGCCCAGCAGUGCUGC